UUUAACCGCUGUCCCUCACCCCACCGCCCCGCUGGGCACGGGGACGGGGGGACGCCGGCACUGCCCCUCUGACAACGCUUCUCCCGUCUCCCUCCCUCAGACUUGGCUGUGGCUGAGGGAGAGGAGCUGAGGACACGCACCGAGGCCCAAAGGACACCAGAGCAUCCAUCUCCAGGGCCAUGGCAGCUCAGCCUAGCGGGGGCGAGAAGCCCUUCCACGUCGUCUCGCCCACCCUGGAGAGCUUGGCCCUGUCCAAGGCCGCGGGCACCAAGGUCUACAUGAAGCUGGAAAACGUCCAGCCCACGGGCUCCUUCAAGAUCCGGGGCAUCGGCCACUUCUGCCAGGAGACUGCCAAGACGGGCUGCCACCACUUCGUUUGCUCCUCAGGGGGGAACGCAGGGAUGGCAGCUGCAUACGCGGCCAAGAAACUGGGGCUGCCGAUCACUGUCGUGGUCCCCAGUACCACCAUCCCCACCACCGUGCGCAAGCUGGAGGAGCUGGGGGCAGAGGUGGAGGUCUCCGGCCACGUGUGGGAUGAAGCCAACACGAGAGCCCUGGAGCUGGCACGGACCAAGGGCUGGGUCAGCAUCCACCCCUUUGACCACCCCUUGGUGUGGCAGGGUCACGCCAGCCUGGUCCGGGAGCUGAAGGACUCUCUGGAGACCAAGCCAGACGCCAUCCUGCUGGCCGUGGGAGGCGGGGGGCUGCUGGCAGGCGUCGUGGCUGGCCUGCACCAGGUGGGCUGGCAGGAUGUCCCCAUCAUCGCUGCCGAGACCUGGGGGGCUCACAGCUUCCACGCGGCGCUGGCAGCUGGCCGCCUCGUCUCGCUGCCCGACAUCACCAGCGUGGCCACGUGUCUGGGAGCCAAGACGGUGGCAGCACGGGCGCUGGAGUGUGCCCAGGAGUGCCAGGUCAUCUCCCAGGUAGUGGAGGACACGGAGGCCAUGCGAGCUGUGGAGCAGUUCUUGGAAGAGAACAACACGCACAGACCCGCUUGUUAUGGUGAUUUAUUGGCAGAGCUCCCCUGCUGUGUUUAACACCCAUGGGCUUCAGGGUGCACUGACAUGGGGGGAGUGGGGGGGUGUACCCCGUCCUGGAGCCCCUGUGAUGCCUCUUCUCCCCCCAUCCCACUCUUUUUCCCAUUUCCCGCUUGUUCUCCAGGCUUUCCUGCUCUCCUCCAUUCCCACACUCUAGCGCUGCACUUGCUUUUAGCCCUUUGCACCUCCUGGGGUUCCUUUGCAUCCCCCCAAUGCUACUUCUCCCCCCUCCUUCCUCUCACCCCUGGGCAAUGUGGGCUCUUGCUCCCAGUGGGGCUCCCCCCCCCCAAAUUCUCCCUGAUUUUCCAACUAAUCCCAUGCCCUGAGCAUCGUGGGGUGAUGUUAGACAGGGAGAUAAACCCUUUCCUGCCCCCAAAACCCUUCUCAACCUCCUCCUCCUGCCCUUCAGAGCAGAGGGAGCUGAGCCCCAGGACCACCUCAGCCUCUGGAUCGCAGGGGUCCCCCUUUCCCCUGGCCGAGCGCCCGCCCUGGGACCCAACUGCCAACCCCAGAGAAGCCCCCUCGCUGCCUUUGGCCCUUUCCCCCGCUCCCUGGCACGUCCCGCUGGCCAGGCCAGCAUCACCACAUGCUUCUUGGAGGCCAAAACCCCAUAAAUCAAAACUCCGCUGCUCCAUCGUGGGCAGUAUCUUAUGUAAAAAGGUGUUUCCAGGGAGCACCGAAGGCUGGAGAAUCCUAUUACCAGGCACGCUAUUAAUUAUAAGGAGUCAGCCCAACCUACUCCAGUGAUUUUUUAUCCCAGGUCCAAAACCUGAUUAUUUUCCACCUUCCGCAGACCUUCCCUUUCGGAAAAAAAAAAAAAAUAGGCAAAAAAGUCAGAAAAAAAAAUAAUUAGCCUCGAUGUUUUCCCAACAGCUUUUGGAGUUCAUUCCUAGGAUUGAUGCUGGAGCCUGGGGACAGCCGGGAUCCGGCAGCGGUGCUUCCCCAGCGUGGUCCCGUGGGGUUUAUUGCUGGAGGUGACUCCCCAAGCACCCCAACGCGGAGCUUUGUCUCGGCAAGGGAGCGCCCAGGCUGUGGGUGUCAGCUCUGGGGGACUGAGCUUUGGGCACCAUGGAGUGCUUUGGGUUGGAAGAGACCUCCAGAGGUCGUCUCGUCUGACCCCUCUGCAGGAGCAGGGACAUAAUUAACCAGAUGCGGUGUCCUCUAGAGGGACGUGGGGGUGCAGGGUGGCUGGGGAUAGGUGGUGGUCACCCAUGGUCACCUUGCAGCUGGAGGCAGGCGUGAACCCUGGGUGCUGGUGGCUUCUUGGGACUGCUGGGGAAAAGGGACCUUGACCUUGGCCGUGACAGGGACUCCAAUCUCAGUUGUGAUGCUGUAACCUCACCCCGGUUGCAACGGGGACCUCAAACCCAGCUGUGGGUAAGAGCUGGGAUAACCAACGGGCUGAAGGCAGCUGCUCCUGCCAGGCCAGCGCCCUUCCUGAAUGACUGCUCCCCCCGAGCCCCGGGCUCUUGCACAGAGCCCUCCUGACCCCUGCGAGGGAGGCGGCAGCCCGGAGUAGGACAGCAUCACCCCAAAUUCUUCCUGCAUCUUGUCCCCAUCGUGUCCCAGCAGCCUGCGAACAGCACUCAGGUGUAUUUGGUUUAAUAAUAAUAAUAAUAAUAACAGCAGCCGCUGUUCACCCAGUGAACGACCUUGUGCUACGUUUUAGAAUACUCAAAAUGAUGUUUAACCACAGGUUUUCCCGUCCUUAUAAAAAGCACCUGUUACCUGAUAACACCCACAGCCGGGAAGAGGUG